AUGUCUUCAGCAGACCAUCUUGUCGAGUCCUCCAAGAAGCUCGCCGCCUACCGUGCCGUCGACGACCAUCUGCUUCCCGAUUACAAGUUUGUCGGCAUCGGCUCCGGCAGCACCGUCGUCUACGUCGUCGACGCCAUCCUGAGCAGAGGCCCCGCAUUCUACUCUGCCAUGACCUUUGUGCCUACCGGCAGCCAGUCAAGGGGUCUCAUCCAGAAGGCCGGCCUGAACUUGUGCCGCCUCGACGAGCGCCCUCUCGCCGACGGCACCCCCGUGGCCCUGGACGUCGCCUUCGACGGCGCCGACGAGGUCGACCAGGAUCUGAACUUGAUCAAGGGCGGCGGCGCCUGUCUCCUCCAGGAGAAGCUCGUGGCCACUGCUGCCAGGAAGUUUGUCGCUGUUGCCGACGCCCGGAAGCAAUCGCCGCGACUGUGUACCAGGUGGAAGACCAUCCCCAUCGAAGUCCUCCCGCUGGCCGCGCCCGACGUCCUCGCCCGUCUUCGCGCCAUGGGCUCCCCCGGCCCUGCUGUCCGGUCCGGCCUUCCCGGCAAGGCUGGCGAGUGCGUCACGGACAAUGGCAUGUGGAUCAUCGACGCGCCCUUCUCCCCUCUGCUGCUCCCCGAGGACCUGUCAGCAACGGAGGAUGGCACGGGCAAGAACGGCUCCUGGGAGAUUGAGGCCCUGGCCGACCACCUGCUCAAGAUCCCCGGCGUCGUUGAGAUCGGCCUCUUCUACGGCUUCAACGGCAACCAGGCCGCUGGUCUCGGCAAGGAGUCGCAGGCGCAAAAGCCCGUGGCCGCCUAUUUCGGCAUGCCGGAUGGCCAAGUCCACGUCCAGAACGCAUAA